GAAGUUGAAAUAAAACAGAACUGUUGUUUAAAAUACCACAGCACAUAUAUAAAACUAGUACAGUAAUGUUUUCCAGUCAUUGGAUUUAAAGGCUUAGGGAAGACUCAAAAUCACAUUCAUUCACAGCUAAUUUGGUCAAGUCUUGGGAAACCAUUUUGUUUUAGGUCUUUUAUUUGUACCACUUAGCUUGAGCAGAUGUAGACUUCGAGAACAUCCAUAGUAUAGGGUCAUACUUUAUUUAACAUAAUAACAUGUUAUCCUAAACCAUUACUGGGCCUCUAUACAGCUGAUGAAUAUGAUUUUGGCAAGCUUGGAUGUGAUCAACAUCUUUCCUUUAUUCUUGAACAACAUUUAACUAAUGGAGUUUUGGCUUAGGUGUCGAGUUUGUUAUAUUGCUGUUAUUGCUUCACCAAUGGAUGUCAGUUCCCUUGAUAUUAGAAGAUACAGUAAUUGUUAGGAAAAGACAAAGGUUUGGGAUAGUGUUUUUUUUUCCACCAGUGUUGAUCCAUGACCUAAAAGCAUGUUGACCUAGAAAUCCAUCCUACUUGGCAAAAUCAUGAUCAUUCUCUAAAGACAAUGGGUGCAACAAUGAUGACAGACAGCUUUCUUCUGACUCUCAUUAAUUAUUUAUGAUUGCAGGAUUCUUGCACAUGGAAAUGUUUUUGAACUUGCCUCUAUUACAGUAACUGAACCUGUUGCAUAUGCUGUUUUGGUUUCUUGUUUAUCUCUCAUUCAUCAUAAAUAUCCCUUCAAUAUCUUUUAUCAUACUUUCCAUACCUCAUAUAAUUUAGGUUUCUUCAUCUGAGGAGGAUAUUCAAGCUGAGUGUGAACUUUCAGACCAUGAAAAUGUCUGUCCAUCUCCAUCACCCAUGGGUUUAAACAGUUUGUCAGAAAUUCCUCAACUAAAUCAAUCAGAGGCAUCUCAAAAUGUUUUUGAUUUCAGUCAGGUAACUAUUGCCAGAUUUUCAUCAAGUGAAAAUGCAGCUGUUUCGCCAACAGUUGAAACUGGCAACAUAGUACCCGACCUACUGAAACACACUUCACCAGACAGUCAAGAUGAAGAAUCUCAACUCCAAGUACCAAACUGUCAGGAUGAAAUUUCUGUGGCUUUAGAUCAAGUGUCCCCUGUGUAUGAAAAAAGUGAUUUAGAAAGCAACGAAAAGUCAUUAAAGACACAACUCUCUGAAUCCAGUGAAAUGUCAGACACCCCUCAGUCAUCUCCAUGCCAUGAAAUCAAAUCAUCUGAAAGUGAUAGUUUGCUUCCUGAUAGAAUCCAAAUGUCUGACCAAAAUAUCAGUCCUCAUGCUCUUCCUGGUACCAUAAAUGAGGCUCAUGACACUUUUUUACAGAGGCCUGAAACAUAUCAAGAAGUCUCAAGAGUUACUCCAGACCUAAUUAAGUCCUCUCCAGAAUCAGAUCAGGUGUUUGACAACAAAGAAAAGUUCAGUGAUUUUGACACAGCAGCAUUAUUGCAAAGCUAUGAGGUAGAACAGCAAAAUGUUGCUGAAACUUCUCUUGCAACUGCAUCGCUGCUAUCAUCUACCAAUAGUGAAAUUACAAUUUUGAAUCAAGAGCAUUCUGAAAACAUCAGCUUUUCACAGCAACCCUCUGAACUAUUUUUGACUAAAGCGGAUCCCAAGACUGACUCUCAUGAUCUAUCAGAUUCUCCAGGAGAGCAAGCAGAAACAUCAGGAGAAUACUGGGAUGAGAAUGAAGAUUGCUAUUGUCCUGAAGAAGAGCAUGAAUUAGGUACACAAUUGAAUUUAACUCAUGAACCUCUUAAAGAUGACACUCACAGCUUCAGAAAUGAACUGUUGUCCCAGUCUGAAACUGACUCGGACACAUGGAUUCAAUCUGGAAAAGCACAGUUGAGUGAAUCAUCUCCUUUCUUUAGCUCUGACAUCAGUCCACAAACACCAGAAACAGUCAUAGCUUUUGAACAUUUUGACUUUGAGGAGCAAUCCUCUGAACUCAGAUCAGCAAGUAUUGAAAACCCUGGGUCAGAAGACUCAGUGCCUUGCAAGCCCACAGCACCCCAAUGUUCAAUACGGCCACAGUCAGAAUCAUCUAUGUCUGGUGCACCAUUCCAUCCGCUAGACGAAAAGCAUUUUGGUCGUAGUCUGUCUGAGUCUUCUCAACCUCUGGUAAACAUGAAUUCAGCAUUUGAGGAACCUGUUUCCCAGGAGAAUUUAUUUUCAGAAGAAAAACCUUUUGACCAGUAUCUCUCUGAGACUUCUGAAUCCUUGGCAGGUAGUCUCACCAAGUCAGUGCUCGAGCAACCUGUUUCCCAGGAUGACAGUGGCAAGGCAAUAAUCGACAAAGAUUCAGGACAACCGGAGUCAGAAGCGGUUGUGUCAGGUGAAACAUCCCCACAGUCAGAAGAAAAACCUAUUUCUGAGUUCUUUGAACACUUGAUAGAAACUGUAAAUGUGAAACCAAUGCUUUCUCAAGAAAGCUCAGGAACUUCUUCUCAGGAUGAAAAUAGUAAGGGUUCAAUUGCCCAAGGUUCUAAACGGCCACUCUCUGAAUCAGAUAUGUGUGGUUCAACAUCCCAACAGUCAGAAAGUCGUUCUGGUCGUUGUCUCUCUGAGACUUCUGAACCCUUAGUGCUCAAUCUUUACAGUCUGAAUAAUCCACUGCUUGAUGAACUGCAGAAAGUGGCUCAAACAGAGAACCCAUCAUCUGAUCAACCAGCCAUCUCAGAGGUGGACGUUUUACCAGUUUUUGAAAUUGAAAGUGCAAAAUGCCAUCUUGGUGUAUAUCAAGAGGAUUCAUUUAUUGAAAAAACAUCAAAAGAAUCAGUAGUGGAUACUAUAUCUCAACUGCCUGAAAACAAAAACUUAGAGGAGGGCACAGAGAUGGAUUCCACCCCUUUUGUACCAAAGCCAUGCAAAGAUGCAACACCAAAACCCAUUGAUCAACAUGAAGACUCUGAUCUGGAGACAUUUUUUGACUGCAAACAGACCACAUCAGACUACUCUGAACAAGAGGAAGACGAGCCAUGGAAAAACCCAAUAGCCCUUAGUAAGAAUGUCCUGAAGUCUACCGUUGAAGAACUUAAACAACAACUAGAUCUUAGUGGUCCCUCAGCACAUGUGCCUUCUGAUGAGAGUCCUCGCUGGUCUAUAAAGUCUUCAGAUAGUGACGAUUUUGAGGAUUCCCCUACCAUCCAUGAACCCAGUGAGGAAGAGAAAGAUGUGUACUUUUCAACUCAGGAUUCUUCUUCACAACCUCCUCAGGAGCUUCCUCCUCGAGGAGGGGCUGAGUAUAAUGAUGAUGAUGAUGGUCUGAGGAGGGAGAUUGAUGAGGCAUUAGGUGUGCUGUCAGAUAGCUCUGAUGAAGAUGUGCUGACCACCAGAGUGGUGCGAAGAAGAGUCAUUAUACAGGUACAGACCUUGAAAACGGGGCUCUUAGAAUUGGGACUGAGAGUUGGUUGCUCCAUGUUGGAGGUUCAGUUGUUUCAGAGGUUCCUAACUUAGUACACUAGAUGAUACGUUUGGCUGCCAAAGCCUACUGACUAACCCAUCCUCAAUCUGUUGCACGAUGGUCUCUCACUGAUCUCUAGUGUUUCUAAACUGUCCUUGGUGCAGUUUUAACGGAAUGAGCGAUCAAACAAUAUUUUAUUUGGCGGAUUAAGGGGUGGGGAUCAAAAAUCAAAUGUUGGGUAACAAAUAAUUGGACAUGUUUAUAUUACAGAGCAGUUAGAGACCAUCUGGAGGACUGUAUUCAAGUGUGUCUAUUCCCUUGAUGUUUUUUGUUCUCUUGGAUGUCUACAGCGCUAAUGUCUUUUUCUGAAACUGAAACUACUUUAAAAUCCUGCAACUGUGGCUUAACCUCCCUGCUCUUCAAUAUUUGGUAGAAUUUGUCCAUUUUUUACUAAAAUGAAAUGUUAUUAGAGUUAACCUGAGAUCACUGUAAUAUGGUUGUUGACCCUUGAGCACCACAAAAUGGACAACUUCUAUGAGAAGUGUGCAACUUUCAAUAUAAUUGUAAUAAUAUUUUUAGUAUUAUUUUUACUUUUGCUAACCCAAACCUUUACCCAACUCCAGGGGAAGCUGGCAUAUUGAGUACACUUCUUUAGCUGGUGACAUGUAC